AUGGCGGCGACCAUAACUACGAUAACGCCUCCAAAUGUGUCAUACAUACAGAUGGACUCACUUGUUAUUAUGAAAAUCGUCAAACACGUGGAUAGCGAGCUUUAUGCUGGAAUGAGUGAGGUACCGCUGUGUGACCAGCUUGCCCAAGGUUUUGACAAGGGCUUCAGUAUCUGUGAGAAACAAGAUGACAGUGCGCCUAGAGAUCCACUCAAACAUGCUUCCUACCGCUCGUGCUGCCAGGCCUGUUUUAGAACAGCGAUGAAAACGCAGCUCAGAAAUAUGAAUAUUGACUACGAAUUGGUAGGAUUCUAUCAAGCGCAUCCAUUCGGCGCAUGUUUCUCUCAGGAUCUUGUGGAUUCGAUGUUCGACUAUCAGAGCAAUGGACCCGAUGGCGUAGUUAUCAUUUACGAUCCUGUAAAAACGCGGCAGGGACAGCUUUGUUUGCGUGCUUACCGUUUGUCUGUUCCUGCUCUUGAACUUUGUGCCAAAAACGACUGGUCACCGGACGCAGUGAAGGCAGCUAACCUCACCUAUCAGACAAUGUUCGAAGAAUUACCGAUAGUUAUAAAGAGCAGUCAUCUUGUCAAUGUUAUGAUGGCUGAGUUGUCGUUAGCUCCGACUAGAAUUGCUGAUAGGUUUUCAACACAUCUCGAACUGGGAUCUCGGAGAUCGUUGGAGAAGAGCGUAAGAGCAAUGAUGGCUAACAUAGAUGAGCUCAACAAGUCAAUAUCGGCAUAUGGGAAGUACGUAAACGACAAGCAAAAGCAUGAUAAUAUGAUCUACAACCUAACUCAGAAGCGGCAAGCAGAAAACGAGCAACGCCUUGCAAGAGGUGAACCUCCAUUGUCAAUGGAUGACAUUCGCAAAAUGAAGGAACCGCAGUUGCAAACACGAAAUGGCAUGCUGGAUGCGAUGUUGAGUAGCUGUGAUACACAAGCGCUUGCUGAGUUCUGUGUUAAGGUAACUGGAGAAAAUAUAGCGAAAUUAUUCCUUGCCGAGGCGUUAGCAGAUGACAAAGGAACCGUCAAGGACCGAUCGCAAAGCCUUCUGAACCGCUAA